GCAGUGAGUCUUAGUGAUGCUGGCUCACACUUCCAGCGGCUGGAACAUGUCUCGUGUGGCUCUGUGUGCUCUCCUCGUUACAGGAUUUGGACUUUGUGAUGUCGCCCUACGCCGCCCUCGUACCGCUGAUUCUGGUUCUGCUUGUGGCCCAGGCUGCGCAUGGAAGAAGAGACUGGGGCAGAAACAAGCGUUGGUCUGCGUCCUCUGAAAGCCCCAAACUCGGGUCACCUCUGUCCAAGAAAGUGUUAGAUGGGACAAAAAUGCGCAGUGAGAAGAGUAGCCACCUGCUGAGUAUCGAUGAGCACGACUUCACCCUGAGACCGGCCUUUGCAGGCCCUGCGGUGCCAGUGGGAGUGGAUGUCCAAGUAGAGAGCUUGGACAGCAUCUCUGAGGUCGACAUGGAUUUUACCAUGACGCUGUAUCUGAGACACUAUUGGAGGGAUGAGCGCUUGUCCUUUCCGAGCUCCAUCAAUAAGAGCAUGACAUUUGAUGGGCGACUGGUAAAGAAGAUCUGGGUUCCAGAUGUAUUCUUUGUGCACUCUAAGAGAUCCUUCAUUCAUGACACCACAACAGACAACAUUAUGCUGAGGGUGUAUCCUGAUGGACAGGUGCUCUACAGCCUCCGGGUGACAGUGACUGCUGCCUGUAACAUGGACUUGAGCCGCUUCCCCCUGGACUCGCAGACAUGCACGUUGGAGCUGGAGAGCUAUGCAUACACAGAUGAGGACCUGAUGCUCUACUGGAAAAGUGGUGAUGAGUCUCUGAGCACAGAUGAGCGUAUCUCUCUGUCCCAGUUCCUCAUUCAGAAGUUCCACACCACAUCACGCCUGGCCUUCUACAGCAGCACAGGCUGGUACAACCGUCUGUACAUCAACUUCACUCUGCGGCGCCACAUCUUCUUCUUCCUGCUGCAGACCUAUUUCCCUGCCACUCUCAUGGUCAUGCUGUCCUGGGUGUCCUUCUGGAUUGACCGUCGGGCGGUCCCUGCCAGGGUCUCUUUAGGAAUCACAACGGUCCUGACCAUGUCCACCAUCAUCACUGGGGUCAACGCCUCCAUGCCCAGAGUGUCCUACAUCAAAGCUGUGGACAUCUAUCUGUGGACCAGCUUCGUCUUUGUCUUCCUGUCUGUUCUGGAAUAUGCUGCUGUCAACUACCUGACCACAGUGAGGGACGGUAGGGACAGGCAGCUCCGCGAACAGAAUGACGACUGCUCCUGCAGUCUGCCCCAGAUCAGGACCAUGAUGCUGGAUGGGAGCUACAGUGAAGCAGAGACAAACAGCUUGGCUGGCUACACCAGGGCUGUGGCUCCAGAGGACUCCUCGCACAAGCAGGAGCAGAUGGUAGUACGCUUGGCUCUGGAUCACCUCCCUCCUGAGGAGGCCAACAGGCCCCCCAGAGACUUCAGGAUCCUUCAGAACACUCACACCAUCGACACAUACUCACGCAUGAUCUUCCCUGGAGUGUACAUCCUCUUCAACCUCAUCUACUGGUGUGUCUACUGCUAGUGCAACACCAGGCCAACUACUGCAACAGAAUGCUGAAAGGAACACUUUCUACUGGCUACCCUCUACUGGAUAUGGGCUUUGAGAACUAAGUCACUCUCAUGGCCACUCUCAUGGCUCUGUUAAAUGAACAUUUUGUGAAAGUUCAACCCACAAAGCUUUUUCCGGCUGUCCUCUCUACUGAUUCGACACACAGACCUGAGAUUGAGAACUUCUGUUUAUUUAUUCAUGUCUAUGUAUAUUUAUUUAAUACAAAUUAGUAUCUUUACAUUUAAUGUAGGCUUUUUGAGUAAAGUUCAUUAAACUUUUUUUUUUUUUUUUUUCCAAAUUAUGCAUUGAAGGAAAGACACAGGAUUUAUUCAUGAAUAUUUUCAAAUGACUUAUGAACAGGAAUUGUCAAUGCCCACAGUAAAAGUGUAUUUCAGUAAAGGGUUAAAAAGGGUCAUAAUCAUUUAGUAAUAAAUGUGUCAUAAUGAAUUACUAUUUCAUGCUAAGGUUUUGCACAGUGUUUAGUUAGUUAAAGAUAAUCAAUAUGCUUUCAGUAUUGAUUUACUUGCAUUUUAUUUUGAAGGACCAGGAAGUGGUCACAAUGCACAGUAUAGCCUACUUGUUGAUAUCCAAACUGGUCCUCCUGUGUUUAAAAUCUUGUCCACACCUUGGAAAGCAGUUACUUUCCACUCCACCACAGUUGCAAAGAAUUGUAAUCGCUCCUAAGAAGACUGUAAAAGGAGCAAGAUUAGCACCCUAUGAUAGACAUUUUAAUGAUAUAUCCUCUUGGAGAAUGGCUAAAUCAAUUUAACUGAUUCAGGUUAUAAGUGUACUAUGUAACUUUUCUGGUGAAGAGCAGGCCACAUGCUCAUCUCCAUGGAGAUGUUAUUGCUAGGAAUAUUCUAAUAAGUGUAUAACAGCCUAAAGUAAGAAGAAUGGCUAUAGCCCUGAAUCUAAAUUCCCUAAUUUUGAAAAAUAAAUACUGUCAAAUCUGCC